CGAGUUGACCGGAGCCGAGCAGCAGGCGGAGCCGACGGGGAGCACACUUCACCGAAUACAUGACACGGAGGCUCCCGGUGGCGGAGAACCGGCUGGGAUCGACGUUCGGAACCGGACCCGCGGCUGCUGAUCCAAACGUUCUGACUGAGGUUCUGUGAGACGCCGACUGGACUUUAGCAGGAGCGGCCGGCUGCAGCCUAUCUGAAGAUGUCUGAUAAUGGGGAGGUCGAGGACAAACCCCCAGCUCCGCCCAUGAGGAACACCAGCACCAUGAUUGGCUCCUGCAACAAAGACCCCGCCCCCCUGAACCACGGCUCUAAGCCCCUCCCACCGAACCCGGAGGACAAGAAGAAGAAGGACCGAUCGAUCCGGUUCAUCCUGACCGGAGGAGGAGACAAGACCUAUAAGAAGAAGGAGCGUCCAGAGAUUUCCCUCCCGUCUGACUUUGAACACACCAUCCAUGUCGGCUUCGACGCUGUUACCGGAGAGUUUACCGGAAUGCCGGAGCAGUGGGCUCGGCUGCUGCAGACGUCCAACAUCACCAAGCUGGAGCAGAAGAAGAACCCUCAGGCCGUCCUCGAUGUUUUAAAGUUCUACGACUCGAAGGAAACGGCCAACAGCCAGAAAUACAUGAGCUUCACAGAUAAAAAUGCAGACGCCUACAGCUCCUCCACCACGACGAGCUCCAAGGCCGCGUCGGAGGCGCUCGCCAUAGCGACCGUAUCCGAGGACGAGGACGAGGAUGAGGCCGAGCCACCGCCAGUGAUCGCCCCCCGACCAGAACACACCAAAUCCAUCUACACUCGCUCCGUCAUCGAGCCGCUCCCUCCUCCUCCCACCAAAGAUGCCGCCACCUCCCCCAUCGCCGUGCCGACCGCCGCCGCCGCUGCCGCCGUCAGCCCCGCCCCUCCGGCGGACGGAGCUCCCAGCAGCCCCCCCAGUGCAAGCCCCGCCCCCGGCCCCUCCCUGCCCCGCCCACAGGACAAAUCCAGGAAGAAGAAGAUGUCGGACGAGGAGAUCCUGGAGAAACUACGGACGAUCGUGAGCGUCGGAGAUCCCAAGAAGAAAUACACUCGCUUUGAGAAGAUCGGACAGGGGGCGUCUGGGACGGUUUAUACAGCGAUCGACGUCGCUACAGGACAAGAGGUCGCCAUUAAACAGAUGAACCUGCAGCAGCAGCCCAAGAAGGAGCUGAUCAUCAACGAGAUCCUGGUGAUGAGGGAAAACAAGAACCCCAACAUAGUCAACUACCUGGACAG